AUCAGUGAAACAUGCGCUCUAAGGGCGGAAAUAGAAUGGCGGAAAAGACAGCCCUGAAUGAAAGUGCUUCAUCGGAUUGUAAACACGACCCAAAUGCAAACCAAAUGUCUUUAAGUGGAAAACCUGCAGCUGCGUUUAGGGACAGUUUCACUGCUCUUAUCAGAUCGCUUACUGACUUUGGUUCAGAGCUCAAGGUUGGUCCGGCCGUGUUGAGCAUCAGUGCCGAUGUGAGCCGUGCUGAUAUCAAGGCUCUACAGCCUUCUCACAUCCAUGCCUGCCUAGAGCGACAUAUUUCAGUGCUUCAGAUAAUUGCAGCAGACCUAAAGCAGUUGACUGAGAGGGAGCCAAAGGCCCCAGACGAGGAGAGUGAAGUCUCAGUAGGCCACGCAGGUGAGGUGGCUGCAGAGAGUGUGGAGGAGAUGGUUGUGGACUCAGAUCAGCCUUCACACGUCCCCCACUGCCUGGCUAACGACCUGAAAACACCCACUAAAACACAGGUGGAUGAUCAUAUUGUGCAAAUCAUUGCUGGUAAAGCUGAGAUUGAGAGGAGAAUAUCUGCAUUUAUAGAGCGCAAGCAGCUGGAGAUCAAUGAAAAUAAUGUGCGUGAGUUCUGCAACGUGAUUGACUGUAAUCAGGAGAACAGCUGCGCUAGAACGGAUGCAAUCUUCACACCUUAUCCCGGCUUCAAAAGUCAUGUCAAAGUGACACGUGUUGUGAACACCUAUGGACCACAAAACCGGGCAGGAGGCGGGACGGAACUCAGAGAGCAUCAACAGGGCGGGGUCCUCAGGAACUGCGGUAACACUGCCAUCGAGGAGCGGUUACAGAAUAUGGAGGCCCACUUGAAGCUGGCUUCAGCCGGCCCAGUCCCUCUGAGUGUGUACCAUCGUCUUAAGAAGCUGGAGGAUCGCAUCCUGGAGCUGGAGGGGCUCUCUCCAGAGUACUUCCAGUCCGUGAGCUACCUACACAAGCGACCCAAAUCUUCUGUUUCACAGGCCUACAGUCUGACGGAGCUGGAUGGGAAGAUAAACGCUGUGAAAAGCGCCCUGCUCAAGAGAGUGAGCGAAUUCCGGCAUUCCGAAAUGGGAGAUUUCUCUUUCUGACCUCGUGGCCUUUACCAGGACAAGGUCACAUAUGGAAAACCUUUCAUUUCAUAACAAUCAUGGUCACCUUCCUCCUCACCUCAUCCUCAUCCUCCGCUCACGUACCUCUCUACCCAUCAAACAUGCUGCACGGGUUGCUGACGUUUGUAGAACUAUUAAAUCAAGUGCCCUCAGCUUUGUAUGGGUUGAAAUGAAUGUAUGGCUAUUUUGCAUACAGUGUUAAUGGAAGUAUUUAAAUUCCCCUGCAGCAGGGAAUCAACCUAGCCCUGUCAUAUCAUGUCAUGCCCCCCCUGAAGUCUUUGUAAAUAAACUUUCGUGUAAUAUACAACA